AAGUUUUGAAAAGUUUAUGUGGGGCUCAGUCUGAAAGAGACGACCGAAAAUGUUAGCAGCCUAGUAAAGGGAUUUCAUUUUGUUAUUGGGAAUAAACUGGGAUGCAACUGCAAAACACAACAAAACAUACAAACAAAAAAGCGCAACUAAACAAAUAAUAGAGGGAUGCAGAAUUAUUGGUGAACAGAGAGAGACUAAGCCACGACAAUGAGACCAUGAGAGGUUGUCCUUCGCCACAAUGCUGAUUAACUUGAACGUUGGAGCCAAGGAAAACCGCUUUCAUGGAGUCUCUGCUACGAUGUACGAGAAGAGCCCGGCUCUGACGGAUAUUACAGUCAAACCAAUGGAAACGCAGCCCGUUCCUGCAACACUAUUGGAAUGCCCCACUCCGCCAGGGGGUGGAGGAGGAGGGAGGAGGAGGAGGACCCCCACCCCCUCUUGGGAGAACGGGGCCUCCGCUUUCGGCUCCCCGUUCUCCCGCCAAGAUGUGACUCGGAGGUCCAAGCUGAGGAAUUUUAACUGGGAUGCUAUUCCCAAGGAUCGGAUUUUGGGGAAGAACAGCGUGUGGAGCGAUGCGCAGAGUGAUGAUUUUCAGAUCGACACCACCAGCAUGGAGGAGCUGUUUGGGAGGAAGGAGAGUGUGUCGCCGGCCGGGACGAACGUGGGCCGUUGGAGCUGGCGCUGCAGCUCGCCCAUGGAUACCAAUAGUGAGAAGGUGUCUCUGUUGGAUGCAAAGAGGAGCAUGAAUGUGGGGAUAUUUCUAAGGCAGUUUAAAAGGGCGGUGACCGAUAUUAUCGAGGACAUCAGACAAGGAGUCGGCCAGUCUUAUGGCUCAGAGAAAAUGACUGAACUCUGCAAACUGCUGCCAGAGAAUGAAGAGGUGGAACGUUUGAAGUCUUUCCAAGGAGAUCGCAGCAAGCUGGGGGAGGCUGACCUUUUCAUGGUGUUGAUCGUGGAAGUGCCCAGUUUUCAGCUGCGUCUGGAAGCCAUGGUUUUAAAGGAGGAGUUUGAGCCUCAUGUGACCUCGCUGUGUUCCGCGGCCCGCACGCUCAAGCAAGCAGCUCAGGAGCUCUUGAACUGCCAGGAGCUUCACACAAUUCUACGGCUUGUGUUGAAGGCGGGAAACUACAUGAAUGCUGGAGGAUAUGCUGGCAAUGCAGCUGGAUUUCGAAUUGCAUCUCUGCUGAAACUUGCCGACACGAAAGCCAACAAACCAGGGAUGAAUCUUCUGCACUUUGUGGCCAUGGAAGCUCAGAAGAAAGACAAACUGCUUCUUUCCUUCCCUGACAAAUUGAGGCAUGUGGGCCCUGCCAAUAGGUUAUCGGAAGACUCGGUUGUGGAGGAGCUGUGCCGGUUACAGCGCAGAGUGGAUGGAUUGCAGAACAAUCUGCAGGGUGAGGCUGAGCUGAGGGCUCAGACACAGCCCUUUUUACAGGCUGCAGAGUCGAGGCUCUUGCAGGCUCAAGGGGAGGUGGAGGACAUGAGGCUGGCCAGUCAGUGUCUGGUCGAGUUCUUCUGUGAGGAUGGCGACACGUUCAAGCUUGAGGAAGCCUGCAAGGUCUUCCAGAGCUUCUGUGACAAAUUCAUCAAAGCUAUUCAGGAGAACCAGGAGCGGGAGCUGCAGGAGUUGAGACGGGUGCAGCGACAGGAAAGGGAGGAGGAGGGUUUAGAGAAGCAGUGCUCAGUCGCCACCUGCUCAGUUUGGGGUUUGGGGCAGAACGCCUUGGAUGAUGACCUAGAGCUAACACUGGAGAGGAACCUGCGCAACUCGUGGAACAGGCGGAGCUUCCGCCCCAGAGAGCCCCGCCCCCAGCUGAGCAUUCUGGCCAAUGAAGACUCAAGUAAGAGGCUAUACUCCUCAGAGGUGCUGCCCUCUGUUCUGCCAGAGAAGACCACAGUGGAGACCAAGGAGUUUGUUCAGGAAGACUGCCCUGCCCAGAGCGUCCAAUUCAUGCGGCAGGUAACAGAAAGAGUCCUGAGCCAACAGAUGAGCCUCAGCACCUCUGGACAGGGCAAAACAGCUGCUGCAGCAGUGCCUGUCCCAAAACCAGUGGAGGAAGGACUGCAGGAAUGUGUGCGCCCGGUACCAGAGUACCCCAAAGUGGGAGAGUCACUGGAGUGCCACACGCUGGUGAGAGGGCUGAAUUCUUAUGAUAACAUGACCUCUGCGGUACAGAGGCCUGCGCCCAGCCAUUGCACUAAAUGGCGACGGGAAUCAACAGCGAUGCAAAGAGAGGCAAUGGAGAGCGAAAGGAAGGGAAACAUGAGGGCAAUGAGGGAAUCUGAAAGUAAGAGUUUGAAGGUUCGCGGAAGUGAAACAAGGGAGCGAGGAGGUGCAAGUGCAGUGUUUCAGCAGAAGGAAUUGGAAGUGAGUAAACACAAAGACUCUAUAAAAGACAGGACUAAAAUUAAUGAGGCCGGCACUGUGCCAAAGAGAUCUCAGUCUUUGAAAGAGCAGAGCACAGCCCUCGUGGGCUCUCUGAGGCAGAAGGGAAUUAAGCUGGAGGAGCCGGUGCCUGCUUUGCCACGAGACUCAAAGCUGCCGUUAUUCCCCCGUGGUGGAUUGCGCAGUACUAUGCCGCACAGGCCAGCUGUGUCGGCCUCUCCGGACGUCAGAUGUCCCGGCAGCUUCAGGGAAAAAGAGAAGGGUCCCAGUAUCACCCCUGAACCCAAAAACAAAUCCCUGAGGCGCCCUCCUGAAAAAACUAAACUGGAAAAGGAGAAGCCGACUCUGUCACCAACAAGCAUUAACCGGGCUUCCUCACUGAGAGUUCCCAAAAGAGUCUCCAGUGGGCCUGACUUGACUCCCACAGGUACAGGGAGUGGGCAGCAUGGGCGGUCACCUCGGUCGAAUUCUGCUGGUGUGAGAACAAGAACUGCAACAGCUGCUGUGCCAGCUGCCACUAAGGUAGUGAAGCACUGUGAGCCCAGCUCGCCCAGUCUGAGGACUGCUGUAGGCCGACCGGGUAAGAGUCCUAAAGGAACAAGCCUGCCCACUUGGAAAUAAGAGUGGGAUACAUUCCAGGGGCAACCACCUUACUUCACACUCACCUGGGUCUUCACAGGAGACAAGGCAGGAGGAGUUUAUCAGGAAGAAGAAAUUGAUUGAUGGAGUGAGUAAUCCAUGAUUCUAGGGCCGUACACAGUCAAAAGAGGUCGGCGGUUGUUAUUUAUUUAAUACAUUUACAUCCAUUAUGAACAGUGGGGCUUCAGUCAUCAGCAGAAAUCAAGCUUUCCUCAGUAAGACUCUGGAGAUCUGGAUUCAUCCUUAGCUCAGGAGUUGGCAGUGACCAGCAAGUUCAUGGCGUUGAUUGGUUCAUCUGCUUUCCAUUUGGCAAAAUCCUUGGAAAAAUAUCCUUGCUUUGCACAUGUGCAGUUACCCAUAUUUAAAACACCCUUCCACAUAAAUCCAACAUUUUCAGUUGAAACCACAGUAAACUACAGCAAUCAAUAAUUACAAGUUUAAUUGAAACUCUAAGGUACAAAAAGGUUUAAUUUUAUUUAUUUCUGUAUUUUAUUUUUCAUGAGUUUUGGUAUAUAAUCCACUGUUGGACAGUGGAUUAUUUACCCUAAUCAACACUUUUUCCAUUUUCCUUAUGUAGUAAAGAUGGCAACUGAAGUGCACUGUGCUUUAAAAUCUGUACUUGUUAUUUUUACUCCCCCCCCCCCCCCCCCCCCAGAUUAUUUAAUGCACACGUGUGGAGCACCUGCAUCAUUCCAGGGAUCCUUGCUAAAAUUAACAGAUCUAAUCAAAGCCAUACUCUCACUAGCCUCUACCACUCUCAGAAAAAGACGAAAGUGCCUUGAGUUUCAAGCUGCUGUUGAAUGACAAAAGUCAGUAUUGGGUGGUUCUGGAGAUCAUAGAAUGGCCAACAUGAUACUGAACUUAAACAAAACCACUUCUUGUGCUGGUGGCACUAGAGAAACUGACUGACGAAAGCUUUAAAACAGCCAACAGUUCCUACCUCUGAUGUCCAGGACCAGUGCUGGACAAAGGGCAGCUCUGGACAAUCAUGCUGCAGUCUCCGUACGAUCACACCACAUAUCCACUGGACUGCUGUGUCUAGACCAGAGGUGGGCAACAAGGGCUCUUCCAGUCCAGAUCUUUGUUUCACCCAAGUCCUAAUAGAAAUGGUUCCUAUAAAACCUGGAGCGGAAUGACCCUGUCGCAAACAAGAGUUGUCCACACCUGUGCUAGAGUAUGCCAUAUUGAGCAAGUUCUGGUAUUCCAUAGUGAACUGUUCUGUAUAGUUGAGCAUCUGCAUGUAAUAGUACACAGGGUUAGAAGAAGGUCUGCAACAGUAAAUGCAUGAUCAUUUAUAUAUAAUAUCACUCUGUCGUCCUGAAUGUAGUUGUCAUUUAAAUGUACAGUUCUCUGAUGUGCCUCAGCCCAAUGAGAUGCUGUAGGAAUUAAAUGUAGUUUUUUUUUUUGUUCCGAUACCAGUGUACAAAAUAAUUAUUAUUAUAAUUUUUUCUUAAUGACGGCAAUUAUAUUGUAUGUCCCCAAAUACCACUUUUAGUAUCACAUAAACCAAAGGGAUGUAACACAGUCAGCCAUUUGAGCAUGCGUGAUAUGAAAAAAACCAUUCAGAACAGUUCACCAGUCACGCCCAGUGGAAAUGUGGAAUUCUGUCUAGGGUGUUGGUGUAUGUAUGAGGUGUUUUUCUCCAAAGGUGCUCAGUAACACUGAGGAAGGGCAGGUUAUUUAAACUGACGACUAUCUCUGCCCUGUCCGUAGGACUGAGGUCUAGAUAAGCAGAAUUUUUAAAUGUUAAGUUACAAAAAAAUAAUAAUAAUAAAAAAUGUUGGAUCACGUAACUGGACUUUUGACCUGCUAUACUGCUAAACAAAUGUUAUUUGGAGGCAUGUUUAUCUUGCAGUAAUUAUCAAACUGGCUGUUUGGCAUAAAUGGAAGUUACCAAGUAUUAUUUAUUAUGAUAAUGAAAUCUGCCUUUUCAUCAGAAGGGCCAUUAACUAAUGGAGGAUCGUUUCUUUUGUUUCACUGAAUGAAUCUAGAUGGAACUUUAACCACCCUAUCCAACAGUACUAGCAGUUUUGGAAGUAAUGUCUGACACUUCCUGUUCUCAAACCCAACUACCAUGAUGCUGCUACUAUUGGACUUGUGUGCUUUCUAAGAUUCCGUCCAGUUAAACCGGGUUCUGAAAUGCACUGAGAGAGAGACUCUUUAAAACUAAAUGUUUCUGCUACUGCUGUAUAUCGUUCUGAGAAAAAUGAAAAUAUAGCCACGAUUGGUAAGGUUUCGUUGUAAACAAACAGCUUUGGACAACGGUUACAGAAAGAACUGUGGUAUGUAAUACUGUGGACUGGAAAAGAGAGAAAUAAUGUUUUCU